GGCAUGGAUUUCCUCCGCUGCCUUGACGCCUCUCGUCGCCGGCUUCCCCACGACGGCUGGAGCUAGUCCGAAGGCUCGCCAGAAGUCGACUCCGAAGUACGCCGUUUGUUCCAGGCAGCUCCAAGCGUCCGAUAAUGGAUCGAUCUUCGCCAGAAGCCGUACGGACUACCGAAAAAUACGGUUGGACGGUAACUCCCAGCGCUUUCACGAGCUCUCGACAGCCUUUGCCCAGCACACUUACGCUGGCGCCUGUAUCCAACAAGCCGGUGAGCUGCUUGCCCAAGGUCUCCACGUCGGCGAAGGGUCUAGGAUCGGCGGCAUCUAUGCGUUUAACGGCCGCCACCACCUCUCGUCGUCUGGAUCUCCGCAUCGUGAAGCGCUCCCUUGCCUUCUGGACUCUCCGUGAGACUAGACGCAUGCCGCUCAGCUGACGCUCCGCAAAAAUCCUGUUCCGUGCCUCCAUACAACGGCGAAGCCUCUCAUCCUCCGGCAGGUAUCUUAACAAGUACUUAUGACUAUCAGAUGGACUAUGUAUAUUCUUGUUUUCGUCUUCUUUCUUCGGAACUACUUCGCGGGAUUCUAUCCUGGGCGAGUCCCUCCCGCUUUCGGACUGCCCAGCCGACCGUUUUCCGCGCAAUCGGGACAUUUUGGAGAAAUCACGCCCAGCUUGCCGCACCGGAAACAAAAUCUCCUCCACAAUCUUGGAAUCCGUGCUCCGCAGCCCCGCAAUUCCAGCAACCUGGCCUAAAUGGAUUUCGGACUCGUCCACCUCCAGGUGUCGCUGCUCGUCGACUUCGUCCCGUACGUGCGCCUCGCUGACCCGUACCUUGUUCUGCUGCAGGUAAGCAGCACGCCCUCGACGACCGAAACUCCUCUCCACUUCGACGCACUCUUCCCGAAGUUCGUCUACCGCGUGAGGCGAAUUGCUGCAUCGCAUGGAUGUAGUCAUUCGCGCUCUCUCCUGGCUGUUGCUCACGUUGAAGAAGCUCGUGCAUCCUUUCGUAUUCCGUCUGGUGGCCACGGAACCGAUCCAUCAGAGCCCUGCGCAGCUGGGCCCAAGUUUCCACUCUGGACUGGCGUACAUGUACCCAGUACCACUCCUUCGCUCUGCCCGAUAAGAGAACGUGGAAGUUGCGCAGAACUUCACUCCACGGACAUUGACAUUGCAGGAACUCCAGACGGAACACGAAGUCGUCCACGGAAUGGCCAUCGUCCUCGCCGCCGAAUGAGCGGCGAACCAGCGGUCCACUCGGAUGUAGCGGUUUCCGUUGCCGGCUCCCGCGUUGGCGUAUAACCGCGGCUCGUCCCGAAAA